GCAGUACCGCCAUUAAAAUAUGAAAGCAAAUCAUCAAGAACCAUCUAUCAAUCUCGUUCAUCCGCUUAUACUCAUUUAGCCUCGGUAUAUAAGAUGACUGCGGACACGGGUAUUUCGUCAAAGGUCUCUUCAUCACUCUCUCCAGCAGCUUGUCUUGAUGCACAGCACUGCUCAUCAUUAAGCCUAGAAAAUAAUCAUUGUGAAAACAGGAAAUAAGUAAACGGCACAAUGGAGAAGGUCAGCAUCCAAGAUUUUUACGUCGGCCGGUCAAUUUUCAUUACCGGGGCAACUGGUUUUAUGGGGAAAGUUUUGGUUGAAAAACUCCUCAGGUCUUGUCCGGGGAUAGACCGUGUUUACUUAUUGAUUAGACCUAAAACUGACAAGGACGUCCGUUUUCGUCUUCAGGAAAUGAUCAAAUGCAAGUUGUUUGAAUGGCAAAGACAAAAUCAACCCGACGCCCUUAAAAAAUUAGUUCCCAUAAGCGGCGAUGUUAGUUUGCCAGAUCUUGGCAUUUCAUUUUCCGACAUGCAAGAACUUGUCGCGAAUGUCUCGGUCGUUUUUCACUCGGCAGCUCGCGUUAAAUUUGAUGACGAUCUGAGAAGCGCCAUCAACUCUAACGUCAAAGGACCGAAAAGAGUGGCCACCUUCUGUCGGCAAUUAAAGGACCUUAAGGCAUUGGUUCAUGUCUCCACCACUUACAACAACUUGGAAAAAGAAGAUAUAGACGAGGAGAUCUACCCCACAUCACUUGAUCCUCAAAAGCUGCUGGAUUUAGUCGACUGCAUGGAUGACAAGCUCUUAGCCAGCAUCACCAAACAGGAUACUUCUGGCAGAUUGGUCGGAACAAGCCCGAAUGUUUACGCUUACACGAAAGCUCUGGGGGAACACCUUCUGCAAGAUUUGACGUUUGAAAGCGGUAAACAACGACUUCCUCUAGCGAUUGUUCGGCCUUCCAUGGUCACUGCUGCUGUACAGGAGCCCUUGCCUGGCUGGAUCGAUAAUUUCAAUGGACCUAGCGGCACUUUGGCUGGAACAAGCAAAGGACUUAUUCAAAUUGUACGAGUCGAUCCUGAACUUAUUGCCGAUAUUAUUCCUGUUGACUUUCCAAUCAAUUUGAUGAUAGCGGCAGCAUGGGAUGAAGCAACUUGCUGUGCAAAUAAAUCGUCCGAUCAGAUUCGAGUGUACAACUGCUCAUCUGGCUCUUUAAACCCCAUCAUUUGGCGGGAUUUCAGAAACUGGGGUUUGGGUGGUGUUCAUGAAUUUCCGUGUAAAGAAAUCAUGAGAUAUCCCAACAUUAAACUCCAAACAAAUCGGCUCCUUUUCAACAUUGAAAUUGUCCUAUAUCACCAUGUGCCGGCUCUCUUUUUCGACACAAUCGCUCUGUUGUGUGGGAGAAAGCCUUUCGUGGCUCGGCUAUUCAAGAGAGCCCACAAGAUGAUGUCUUGUCUAGAAUUUUAUACGAUGCGUGAGUGGAAUUUCCCCAGCCAAAAUCCUGUCCUGUUAAUGGACAAGAUGUCAGUUCAAGAAAAAAAUACUUUCAAUUUUGACGUACGAAAAAUCGACUGGGAGACAUACAUGACUACUUUCGCGGUUGGAGUUCGUGAAUAUCUUUUCAAAGACGACUUAAGUUCCAUACAUGCUGCCAGAAAGAAUUUGAACAGGAUGAAAUUAUUAAGAAUGGUGGUUCGUUGUGUCAUCUUGGGACUGAUGCUAUUAUUCUUCUACGUCCUCUGGACCAAAUUCACUACGGAGACUUCGUCGAUAGUUUCGUUUUUAUUCCAAAACAGAUAUAACUCGUCUACCGUUCAGGAUAUUUUCGAAAAUGAAACAUUUUGCGGAUUAAAAUCAACACAUAUUCUUCCUCUAAAAUCAGCUCUAGAAUUGUAAGUGGAACAGUGGUUAUUCCUAACAUACGGGCUAGCCGGCUAGCUUACACAGCAGCAUUUAAACGCAUAUAGCUUCAUUUUACUAAUUAUUUUAAGUCCUUGAACUAUGACUACUUAUCUUUGUCGUUAAAAAAAAUGAUUUAUCCAGUUGUACAAUAAUACACGUUGAAAUUUAAAAUA